AUGUCACCCUCUGCCAUCACCGAAUCUCCAAGAAACUCGGUCGUAGACCAUACGUCCGGACUGCAGGUUGACAGCCUCGCAGUCCAGGGCCCGUUUCCUAGCUUCCAUGGCUACGACCAUGUAACCUGGUGGGUGGGAAAUGCGAAGCAGGCGGCUUCGUAUUACAACACCCUCUUUGGUAUGAAGAUUAUCGCAUACCGGGGCCUUGAGACAGGCUCCCGUUACUUCGCCUCUUACCUGGUGGGCAAGGAAGACGUCCGCUUCGUCUUCACGUCGCCCAUCAGGUCACAUGUCCACCUCCCAGAGGAUGAGCCUAUCUCGGAUGAGGACCGGGCACUCCUCAAGGAGAUGCAUGCCCACCUCGAGAAGCACGGUGAUGCCGUGAAGGACGUCUGCUUCGAGGUGGACAACGUCCAAGGUGUGUACGAGCGUGCCGUGCAGCAGGGUGCCGUGUCCAUUGCGCCGCCCAAGACCUUGUCGGACAAGGAGCACGGCUCGGUCACCAUGGCCGUCAUCCAGACAUAUGGUGACACCACGCACACCCUACUUUCCCGCGAUAACUUUCGCGGCACCUUCCUGCCCGGCUUCCGCGACGUGAACCGCCAGCCGGCUGCCUACUCGGCCCUUGCGCCUGUACCCCUGCAGCGCAUCGACCACUGCGUCGGCAACCAGGACUGGGACGACAUGAGGGCGGCUUGCGACUUUUACGAGCGCUGCCUGUCGUUCCACCGCUUCUGGUCCGUCGAUGACAACCAAAUCUCGACCGACUUCAGUGCCCUCAACAGCAUCGUCAUGGCCAGCCCCAACAAUGUCGUCAAGAUGCCCAUCAAUGAGCCGGCCAAGGGUAAGAAGCGUUCGCAGAUCGAGGAGUACGUCACCUUCAACUCGGGCGCCGGCGUCCAGCACAUCGCCCUGCUCACCUCAGACAUCAUCACCACCGUCGAGGCCAUGCGCAGCCGCGGCGUCGAGUUCAUCGAGGUGCCCCACACCUACUACGACACCAUGCGCCGCCGCCUCAAGACGGAGAAGCGCGACUGGGAGUUGCAAGAGGACUUUGACCGUUUGGUCCGCAAUAACAUCCUCAUCGACUACGACGAGGGUGGCUACCUGCUCCAGCUCUUCACGCGCCCGCUCAUGGAUCGUCCCACGGUCUUUAUCGAGAUUAUCCAGCGCAACGAGUUUGACGGCUUUGGCGCCGGCAACUUCAAGAGCCUCUUCGAGGCCAUCGAGAGGGAGCAGGCUGAGCGUGGAAACUUGUAA